GCCCAGAUGUAUCUCGUUCCGGACGAGAUUCUGAAAGAAGAGGUUUCUGAGAGUCUCCCAAUGGUGCUGACAAGCCUGGAGACCCUGCAGCUCUUCAGGACCACCUACGAGGACCGCAGGGCAAAUCUGAGCCAGUACCAGACGCCCGGGAAGUUGAUUAAGCCUUGGGACUUUUCCCCGCUUUUGGUCUUCUCGAGACUUGACCACUUUAURGAUAGAAUCCAGUCCAUUAAGGACAUCCUGUUAACAGCUUUAGACAUGUUAAAGCUUGAGAAAGUGGUGAUUGGAGGUGUCAGAGGUCAAGCACUCAGCCAGCAGGUCGAGCAGCUUGACCAAGAGUUUGCAGAUACUUACAAAUUCAUCACAGAGAAYCCCUAUGACUGCCUGGACCUGAACAAUAAGGAGUUUGAAGAAGAUGUGAGGAAGUUCAAGCUGAGGGUGGAUGACAUAGAGCGACGACUAGGAACCAUCUUCUGUCGGGCUUUUGAUGAUGCCUCCGYACUGGAGRCCACCUUCAAGGUUGUGGKUAUGUUUGGUAGCUUGCUGGAACGCCCCUUAGUGGCAGCAGAUGCUCUGAGUCGAUACCCUCUCCUUGUCACUGCGUUUGAGAAGGAGCUGAACUGCUGUAAACMCAUCUAUGACAAYCASAUCCAGCUUACAGAGAAGCUUGGUUCGCCUGUCGUGAGUAUGAAUAUGCCACCAGUAGCUGGUGGGCUGAGAUGGGCUCAGAGUCUACAGAAGCGCAUCCAGACCCAGUUCUCCAAAUUCAGAAAUCUCUCCUACCCGUGUCUGGAGUCUGCGGAAGGAGCCAAGGUCAUUGACAAGUAUGAGGAGAUGAUGCAACUAUUGGACAGAUUAUUUCACAGGACUCCCGUAAUCCCAUAUGCUCCAUUGCUACUCACUGAUGCCAAUCUGCUUGGCUGCUUCCUGUCGGAACAAGAAAAGAGCAAGAGAGGAGGGUCAAACAGAGAGAGGGAAUUCUAUAGUGGAGAAAACACAACAAAAAGAUCAGGCCGGAAAUAUAUGCUGCUUUCAAAUGGGACCCUGUUUUAUGCCCCCCUCUUGUUGGUGUUCAUGACCUCAGAAUUUCUGAAAGGUCCGACUUAACAAGAUACACCACCAGUCUGUAUGAGACAUGGACAGAGACCGUGAGCGAGACCUCCCAGUACAAUCUGAGCCUGCCGUUAAUCAGCAGAGACCCGGCCACUCGGCUGAUCUCAGUCAACUUCAGCCCGCAGCUGGCGUGUCUGCUGCGGGAGGUCAAGUACUUGGAGGCCAGUCAGACUGUGGCCAUCCCAGAAACUGCAAUGCAGAUCUACGCCACCAGGGAGCAGCUGCAGCAGUAUGUAGCCAACCUUGAGCUCACCACUGGCGGAUACAACAAGGUGAUGCACUCUGUGCUUGAUGUGGAACAUCCUCUGGUGCUGGGCCAACUCAGGGACAUCGAUGCUCAGCUCAAAAACGCUGAGGAGAGUCUGAAAUGGAACAGCCAAGGUAUUUGGCAGUAUAUCCAGGAAGCACGAGACUCCGUCUGUGACCUGGAGAGCCGACUCCAGAGAACCAAAGACAAUGUAGAGGAGAUCCAAAGCUGCAUGAGCUCCUGGGCCACCCAUAUGUUCGACAGGAAGGAGGGCAAAAAAGAUGCACUGCUCAGUCUGGAGGACAGGGCUGAGAGGGUGGAAAGGUUUUACAGUCUUAUCCAGUCCUCAGGAGAAAAGUUUCACUUCCUACUUAAGAGCAAUUUGGAGCUGUUCAGAGCUGAGCCGUCUUCUGAGGAGUGGAAGGCUUAUGUGGAGUACAUCGACGACGGGUGGAUGAAUGUGGAUGGCCGCAGCAUGAAGAGCGCCUUGCUCAACGUCAUCAAAAAGUGGAGCUUCAUGUUCAAACAGCACCUAAUUGACAAUGUAACCAACAGAAACAGCUCCGACAAUGCAGGCGUGAGGUGGGCCUGCUGAAGGAUCUGUGGGACAUGAUCACCAUGGUGCAGUCUAGCAUCGCUGCAUGGACAACAACUCUGUGGAGAGAGAUCCAGGUGGAGGACAUGGACCUGGAGUGUAAACGCUUCUCCAAAGAUAUACGAGGCCUGGAUAAAGAAGUUAGAGCGUGGGACGCCUACGGAGGUCUCGACGGCACGGUGAAAAACCUCCUUAUCUCCCUCCGGGCUGUGGCGGAGCUCCAGAACCAAGCCGUACGAGCCCGACACUGGCAUCAGCUGAUGGCCGCCACUGGAGUCCGCUUCACCAUGGACCAGGACACCACUCUGGCCGACCUGCUGAAGCUCGACCUGCACUGCUUUGAAGAGGAGGUGAGAGGAAUCGUGGAUAAGGCUGUUAAAGAGAUGGGGAUGGAGAAAGUCCUCUCAGAGCUCGACACCACAUGGACAGGUAUGGAGUUCCAGUACGAGCCCCACCACCGCACCCAGGUGCCUCUGCUGCGCACGGACGAGGAGCUCAUUGAGACGCUGGAGGACAACCAGGUCCAGCUGCAGAACCUCAUGACGUCCAAGUACAUUGGGCACUUCCUGGAUGAGGUGUCGUCGUGGCAGAGCAAACUGUCUGUUGCAGACUCUGUCAUCUCCAUGUGGUUCGAGGUUCAGCGGACGUGGACCCAUCUAGAGAGCAUCUUCAUUGGCUCUGAGGACAUACGCUCACAGCUGCCUGAGGACUCCAGCCGCUUCGACGGAAUUGACACCAAUUUCAAAGAACUGGCAAACGCAUUGCAUCAAACUCCAAACGUAGUGGAGGCCACCAAUAAACCAGGGCUCCUUCCUACGCUUGAGGACAUGCAGAGCAGACUAUCUCUCUGUGAAAAAGCUCUGGCAGAAUACCUGGACACCAAGCGUCUGGCCUUCCCGAGAUUCUACUUCAUCUCAGAGCAGUGGCUGUUUGACUAUCCAGCUCAGGUGGCGUUGACCUGCUCUCAGAUCUGGUGGACGUCUGACGUUGGCAUGGCUUUCACCCGGCUGGAGGAGGGCUAUGAGAACUCCAUGAAGGACUACUACAAGAAACAGGUGACCCAGCUCAACACCCUCAUCUCCAUGCUGGUUGGCAAGCUCACGCCGGGCGAUCGGCAGAAGGUGAUGACCAUCUGUACUAUUGACGUCCACGCCAGAGACGUGGUGUCCAAGAUGAUCACACAGAAGGUGGAGAAUUCUCAGGAGUUUGUGUGGCUCUCUCAGKUGAGACACUGCUGGGGCGAGAAGGAGAAGCAUUGUUUUGCCAACAUCUGUGAUGCCCGCUUUAUCUACUCUUAUGAAUACCUGGGCAACACUCCACGAUUAGUCAUCACUCCUCUGACUGACAGAUGCUACAUCACCCUGACCCAGUCCUUACACUUGACCAUGAGUGGAGCUCCAGCAGGUCCCGCUGGCACAGGCAAGACUGAGACGACCAAAGACCUGGGCCGAGCUCUGGGCAUCAUGGUCUACGUAUUCAACUGCUCCGAGCAGAUGGACUACAAGUCCUGUGGGAACAUCUACAAAGGCCUGGCUCAGACGGGGGCGUGGGGCUGCUUUGACGAGUUUAACAGGAUCUCAGUGGAGGUGCUGUCUGUGGUGGCCGUACAGGUCAAGAGUAUCCAGGACGCCAUUCGAGAUAAGAAGAAGAGAUUUAAUUUCAUGGGAGAGGAUGUGAAUCUCUGCCCGACCGUCGGCAUCUUCAUCACAAUGAAUCCCGGCUACGCUGGCAGGACUGAGCUUCCUGAGAACCUGAAGGCUCUGUUCAGACCCUGUGCCAUGGUGGUGCCAGACUUCGAGCUGAUCUGUGAAAUCAUGCUGGUGGCUGAGGGCUUUAUUGACGCCCGGGUCCUCGCUAGGAAGUUUAUCACUCUCUACACACUGUGUAAAGAGCUGUUGUCCAAACAGGACCACUAUGACUGGGGCCUACGAGCCAUUAAGUCAGUACUGGUGGUGGCCGGCUCCCUGAAGAGAGGAGACCCCGACAGAGCAGAGGACCAGGUGCUGAUGCGAGCACUGAGAGACUUCAACAUCCCCAAGAUUGUGACAGACGACAUGCCAGUGUUCAUGGGGCUGAUCGGAGAUCUGUUUCCUGCCCUGGACGUGCCCAGGAAGAGAGAUUUGGACUUUGAGAAGCACGUGAAGGCGUCCAUCCUGGACUUGAAGUUACAGGCUGAGGACAAUUUCAUACUCAAGGUGGUGCAGCUGGAGGAGCUGCUGGCCGUGCGCCACUCUGUGUUUGUGAUCGGGAACACCGGCACAGGGAAGAGUCAGGUGCUGAGGUCACUCCAGCGGACCUAUCAGAACAUGAAGCGCAAACCUGUGUGGACCGACCUCAACCCAAAGGCUGUGACCAAUGACGAGCUUUUCGGGAUCAUCAACCCAGCCACCAGAGAGUGGAAAGAUGGCCUUUUCUCCAGCAUAAUGCGUGAUCUGUCCAAUGUCACUCACAGCGGGCCUAAGUGGAUUGUUCUGGAUGGAGACAUUGAUCCAAUGUGGAUUGAGUCCCUCAACACAGUCAUGGAUGACAACAAGGUGCUGACUCUGGCCAGUAACGAGCGGAUCACUCUCAACCCCACCAUGAGGCUGUUGUUCGAGAUCAGCCACCUCCGCACUGCUACCCCCGCCACAGUGUCAAGAGCAGGCAUCCUGUACAUAAACCAAGCAGACCUUGGCUGGAACCCCCCAGUAUCCAGCUGGAUUGACAGGAGGGAGGUUCAAUCAGAGAAGGCCAACCUGACCAUACUGUUCGACAAGUACCUUCCCUCUUGCCUGGACGUCCUCAGAUUGAGGUUCAAGAAAAUCAUCCCCAUCCCUGAGCAGAGUAUGGUCCAGAUGCUGUGCUACUUGCUGGAGUGUCUGCUGAUUCCAGAAAACACCCCACCAGACUGUGCCUUGGAACUUUACGAGCUGUAUUUUGUCUUUGCUGCGGUCUGGGCCUUUGGGGGAGCCAUGUUCCAGGACCAGCUGGUCGACUACAGAGUMSAGUUCAGCAAGUGGUGGGUGUCUGAGUUCAAAACCAUCAAGUUCCCGUCCCAGGGAACUGUGUUUGAUUACUACAUCGACCCCGAGACCAAGAAGUUUGAACCAUGGUCCAAAAUAGUGCCCAAGUUUGACAUGGACGCAGAUACACCACUUCAGGCAUGCUUGGUCCACACGACAGAGACCAUUCGAGUCCGUUACUUCAUGGACCGCCUCCUGGAGCUCCGAAAGCCCGUCAUGUUGGUGGGGAAUGCUGGGAACGGGAAGUCRGUUCUCGUUGGGGACAAACUGGGAUCGUUGGACUCAGAAAAAUACAUGAUUAAAAAUGCGCCCUUCAACUACUACACUACAUCUGCUAUGCUUCAAGCGGUGCUGGAGAAGCCCCUAGAGAAGAAAGCAGGGCGUAACUAUGGACCUCCAGGCAGCAGAAGACUCAUCUACUUCUUAGAUGACAUGAAUAUGCCUGAAGUGGACGAAUACGGCACCGUGCAGCCUCACACACUCAUACGACAACACAUGGACUAUAAUCACUGGUAUGACCGUACUAAGAUGGUGUUGAAGGAAAUAAAGAACGUUCAAUACGUGUCCUGCAUGAACCCCACAGCUGGCAGCUUCAGCAUCAAUCCACGACUGCAGCGGCACUUCUCAGUCUUUGCUCUGUCAUUUCCUGGAGCUGAGGCCCUGAGCACCAUCUACACCUCCAUCCUGUCUCAUCACUUGAAAGGAGCAGGCUUCACCACUGCCCUGCAGAAGAGCUGCUCCACCCUGGUCCAGUUAGCCCUGGCCCUGCACCAGCGCAUCUCCUCCUCCUUCCUGCCCACCGCAAUCAAGUUCCACUACAUCUUCAACCUGAGAGAUCUCUCCAACAUCUUCCAGGGCAUUCUCUUCUGUACCAGCGAGUGUCUGAAAGCCCCUGCGGACCUGCUGAAAAUCUACCUGCACGAGUGCAACCGGGUCUACAGAGACAAGCUGGUGGAAGAGCAGGACUUCCAGGCCUUUGAUAAGCUGCAGGCGGACACAGUGAAAAAGUUCUAUGAGGACAUGGACGAGACUCUAGAGCAGACCAAGGAGAUGAACCUAUACUGCCACUUUGCCCAAGGGCUGGGGGAGGCCAAGUACAUGGCUGCAGAGUCCUGGAGCAGCCUCAACAAAACCCUGCUGGAGGGGCUGGACAACUACAAUGAGGUCAAUCCCACCCUAAACCUGGUGCUGUUUGAGGAUGCCAUGGCUCACGUCUGCCGCAUUAACCGAAUCCUGGAGUCUCCACGGGGUAAUGCGCUGCUGGUCGGAGUGGGCGGCAGUGGCAAGCAGAGUCUGACCCGACUGGCUGCCUUCAUCUCCAGUCUAGAGGUUUUCCAGAUCACCUUGAAGAAAGGCUACGGGAUCGCUGACCUGAAGAGUGACCUGGCAUCCCUUUACAUCAAAGCUGGCGUGAAGAAUAUUGGCACCGUGUUACUAAUGACGGAUGCCCAAGUGGCAGACGAGAAGUUCCUCGUUCUGGUCAACGAUCUGCUGGCAUCAGGAGAGAUUCCUGACCUGUUCCCAGACGACGAGGUGGAGAGCAUCAUAAGCACUGUGAGACCAGAGCUCCGCACCUCUGGAUUGAUGGAUACGAGGGAAAACUGCUGGAAGUUCUUCAUCGACCGCGUUCGCAGACAACUCAAGGUGGCUCUGUGUUUCUCUCCAGUCGGAAGUAAACUGAGGGUUCGCAGCAGGAAGUUCCCCGCAGUGGUGAACUGCACGGCGAUCGACUGGUUCCACGAGUGGCCACAGGAGGCGCUGGAGUCGGUCAGCUACARGUUCCUACAGGAGGUGGAAAWYAUUGAACCUCAAGUGAAGGAGUCAGUCAGUAAAUUCAUGGCAUACGUGCACAUGAGUGUGAAUCAGACAUCCAAGGAGUACCUGGCCAACGAGCGGCGCUACAACUACACCACGCCCAAGUCUUUCCUGGAGCAGAUCAAUCUGUACCGCAGCCUGCUGGGUCAGAAGAGUAAACAGCUAACCAAGAACAUGGAGAGGCUGGAGAACGGCCUGCAGAAGCUCAACAGCACCUCAGCUCAGGUGGAUGACCUCAAGGCCAAGCUGGCUGCCCAAGAAGUGGAGCUCAAGCAGAAGAACGAGGAUGCUGACAAGCUGAUUCAGGUGGUCGGGGUAGAAACUGAGAAGGUGUCCAAGGAGAAAGCAAUAGCUGAUGAGGAAGAGCAAAAGGUGGCAGCCAUUGCUGUGAGGGUCASUGCCAAACAGAGAGACUGUGAGGAGGACUUGGCCAAAGCAGAACCAGCUCUCCUAGCUGCUCAGGAUGCCCUUAACACUCUAAAUAAGAACAACUUGACAGAGUUGAAGUCAUUCGGCUCUCCAGUGGCCGCUGUGACGAAUGUCACUGCAGCCGUCAUGGUCCUGAUGGCGCCUCGUGGGAAGGUCCCCAAGGAUCGCAGCUGGAAGGCUGCAAARGUGAUGAUGGCCAAGGUGGACGCGUUCCUGGACUCGCUCAUAAACUUUGACAAAGAGAACAUCCCAGAGGCUUGUCUUAAAGCUAUUCAGCCCUACCUCAAGGACCCAGAGUUCCAACCAGAUCUGGUGGCAUCCAAGUCGAAUGCAGCAGCCGGUCUGUGCUCUUGGGUUUUAAACAUCGUCAGGUUCUAUGAGGUUUUCUGCGAGGUGGAGCCCAAGCGUCAGGCGCUGAGCGAGGCCAACGCAGAGCUGGCUGCUGCACAGAAGAAGCUCACUGCCAUUAAGAGCAAGAUCAAUCACCUUAAUGAGAACCUGGCGAAGCUGACAGCCAAGUUUGAGAAAGCCACUGCAGACAAGCUCAAGUGCCAACAGGAAGCAGAAUCAACCGCUCGGACCAUUUCUUUGGCCAACCGUCUGGUGGGAGGUCUGGUCUCGGAGAAUGUUCGCUGGGCAGAGGCCGUCGAAGACUUCAAGAAACAGGAGAGGACCUUGUGCGGGGAUGUCCUCCUCAUCACUGCCUUCAUCUCUUACCUGGGAUACUUCACCAAACAUUACAGACUGCACCUUAUGGAGAACACGUGGAGGUCUUAUUUCAGUCAGCUGAAGGUUCCCAUCCCGGUGACCGCUGACCUGGACCCUCUGACCAUGCUGACUGAUGACGCUGACAUCGCCACAUGGCAAAACGAGGGCCUGCCUGCUGACAGAAUGUCCACAGAGAACGCAACCAUUCUCACCUCCUGCCAGCGCUGGCCCCUCAUGGUGGACCCCCAGCUGCAGGGCAUCAAAUGGAUCAAAAACAAAUAUGGGGAGGACCUGCGUGUCAUCCGCAUCGGACAGAAAGGAUACCUGGAUGCCAUAGAAAGUGCACUGGCAGCAGGGGACGUGGUUCUGAUAGAGAACUUGGAGGAAACACUGGAUCCUGUACUUGGACCUUUGCUGGGCAGGGAAACCAUCAAGAAGGGCAGGUACAUAAAGAUCGGAGACAAGGAGUGCGAGUACAACCCUAGUUUCCGCCUGAUCCUGCACACCAAGCUUGCCAGCCCUCAUUACCAGCCGGAGCUGCAGGCCCAGUGCACACUGAUAAAUUUCACAGUGACCAGAGACGGUCUGGAGGACCAGCUGCUCGCCGCGGUGGUCAGCAUGGAGAGACCUGACCUGGAAGAGCUGAAGUCCGACCUGACGAAGCAGCAGAACAGCUUCAAGAUCACCCUGAAGACCCUAGAGGACAACCUGCUGUCGCGUUUGUCCUCCGCUUCAGGAGAUUUCCUCGGUGACACAGAACUGGUGGAAAACCUGGAGACAACGAAAUGCACCGCUGCCGAGAUCGAAGAGAAGGUUAAAGAAGCCAAGGUGACAGAGGCCGAAAUCAAUGAGACUCGGGAGCACUACCGACCAGCAGCAUCGCGGGCUUCCUUAUUGUACUUCAUAAUGAACGACCUCAAUAAAAUCCACCCCAUGUACCAGUUCUCUCUCAAGGCAUUCAGCGUGGUCUUCCAGAAAGCGGUUCUGAAGGCCGAGCAGGACGAUACUCUGAACCAGCGGGUGUCCAACCUAAUUGACAGCAUCACCUCCUCAGUCUUCCAGUACACCACCAGAGGCCUGUUUGAGUGUGACAAGCUCACGUACAUAGCUCAGCUCGCUUUCCAGAUCCUUGUGAUGAAUAAAGAAAUAAACCCUGUAGAGCUGGACUUCCUUCUGAGAUACCCUGUCCAACCAGGUGUAACAUCACCAGUAGAUUUCUUUUCCAACCACUCCUGGGGCGGGAUCAAGGCCCUGAGCACCUUGGAAGAGUUCAGAAACCUGGAUCGAGACAUCGAAGGUUCAGCCAAACGCUGGAAGAAGUUUGUGGAGUGCGAGUGUCCUGAAAAAGAGAAAUUCCCCCAGGAGUGGAAGAACAAAAAUUCGCUUCAGAGGCUAUGCAUGAUGAGGGCUCUGAGGCCUGACCGCAUGACGUACGCCGUAAGAGAUUUUGUAGAGGAGAAACUGGGAAACAACUGUAAAAUUCAGCCUCAGAGUGUUGGACUUUAUCAGAGCCGACAUAUUGCCGGUCUAGCAGUCAUUUCUUUACGUGGGAAGAAGAUUGGCUUCACAUUUGACAACAAGAAUUUCCAUAAUGUUUCUCUGGGUCAAGGCCAGGAGGUCGUUGCUGAACAAGCCCUCAAUUUGGCAGCUGAGAAGGGCCAUUGGGUCAUAUUACAGAACAUCCACUUGGUGGCUGGCUGGCUGGGUUCUUUAGAGAAACUUCUGGAGCAGCUCGCAGAGGGAAGCCACGAGAACUUCAGGGUGUUUGUUAGUGCUGAACCCUCCUCCACCCCCGAGGGCCACAUCAUCCCACAGGGCAUCCUGGAGAACUCCAUCAAGAUCACCAAUGAACCACCUACAGGCAUGCAUGCCAACCUGCACAAGGCUCUAGACAACUUCAACCAGGACACGCUGGAAAUGUGCGCACAGGAGAACGAGUUCAAGAGUAUUUUGUUUGCUGUGUGCUACUUCCAUGCGGUCGUAGCAGAGAGGAGGAAGUUUGGUCCUCAAGGCUGGAACAGAUCAUACCCUUUUAACAUCGGUGACCUCACCAUUUCUAUCAACGUCCUCUAUAAUUACCUGGAGGCCAAUCCUAAGGUGCCGUUUGAUGACCUGCGCUACCUGUUUGGUGAGAUCAUGUAUGGAGGUCACAUCACAGACGACUGGGACCGCCGUCUGUGUCGCACCUACCUGGAAGAGUACAUCAAGCCUGAGAUGAUGGAGGGAGACCUGUGUCUCGCGCCGGGCUUCCCAUUGCCUGGAAACAUGGACUAUAAAAGCUACCACCAGUACAUUGAUGACACCCUACCUGCUGAGUCGCCCUACCUGUACGGCCUCCAUCCCAACGCUGAGAUUGGCUUCCUCACUCAAACUUCGGAGAAGCUUUUCCGCACUGUGCUGGAGAUGCAGCCCAGAGACGGAGGGGUUGGCGAUGGCGGCGGGGCGACACGUGAGGAAAAGGUGCGUGUGGUGUUAGAGGAGAUCAUGGAAAAACUCCCGGAGAGUUUCAACAUGGCCGAGCUGUUGGAGAAAGCGGAAGAGAGGACUCCCUACCAGGUGGUGGCGCUGCAGGAGUGUGAGCGCAUGAACGUUCUUACGCAGGAGAUCAGACGCUCCCUCCAUGAGCUCAACCUAGGACUGAAGGGAGAGUUGACCAUGACCAGUGAAAUGGAGAACCUUCAGAAUGCCAUUUUCCUGGACACAGUGCCUGACAACUGGACCAAGCGGGCGUAUCCCUCAAUGUCCAGCCUGGCCCUCUGGUUCACUGACCUGUUAGCCAGGAUCAAGGAGCUUGAAAACUGGUCCAGUGACUUCGUCUUACCCCCUGUAGUGUGGCUAGCUGGCUUCUUCAACCCCCAGUCCUUCCUCACAGCCAUCAUGCAGUCUAUGGCUCGAAGGAAUGAGUGGCCUCUGGACCGCAUGUGUCUGCAGUGUGACGUCACCAAGAAGAAUCGUGAGGACUUCACUUCCCCGCCUCGUGAAGGGGCGUAUGUACACGGGCUGUACAUGGAGGGUGCACGCUGGGACACACAGACCGGCAUGAUUGUAGAUGCCCGCCUGAAAGAGCUCACCCCAGACAUGCCAGUCAUGUUCAUCAGAGCCAUCCCAGCAGACAAACAGGAGAGCAGGAACAUCUACCAGUGCCCUGUCUACAAAACCCGACAGAGGGGACCUACGUACGUGUGGACUUUCAACCUGAAGACCAAAGAGCCCCCUUCCAAGUGGACCUUGGCUGGAGUAGCCUUGCUUCUGCAGAUCUAGCAGAGUUAAUUUGUUAGGUUGUUAUAGUCUUAAGUUUAAAGUUGUUGUUAUGGGUGUAUUAUUAUGGCGUUGGUGUUUAAAUGGUUUAAUUGGUUUAAUGGUUAUCAGAAAACAAAAGAAGAAAUAAAAACAACAUUUCUGAAUAGAUGGUGCUGUAGGAGUCGAUGGGAUAAAGUAGUCGGUAGAUUUCUCGUUUUCUCUCGGUGUGCGUUUAUUUACAGCCUUUUUCCGGCUGCAGAGAACUACAGGGUAACAUCAAUACAUCCCCUUUAACCCCUCCCGGUGCCCUUGUUACCAUGGUAACCCCACAGCUCCUUACAGGAGUGAAUAAUAGUUCAAACCACAUAGUGCAACUCAAAUACAGUGUAAACCACAGUCUUUGGUGAAUUCUGUCCAUCACGUGUGUCCACUUCAGUGUAUUGCUUUUGGUCUCAUUCCACUAGAAAUGGAGCCAGCUAAAGGUUUGAGCAGUUAGCCACAGCAGCUAGUUUACUGUAAGAAUGUAGAACAAUGGAACACAGCAGAGGAAGGAACAUGGUAAGAUCUGUAAAUGGCUUAUUGUUUUAUUCCUAUAUUUACUUUACAGGGAAAUAACAAUUGGACACCUGUAACUAUGAAUGUGUAGCUGAGACACAUUAUGUGGUCUUAGCCUUAAGACUUGUUUUAAUGUAAGGGGACUGUUGGACCUUGUCUGAGGUGUGUGCUCAAUUCUAGUUUGUUAGUUACACUCAACUACACUAUAUAUAAUUCUCACACGUCUUAUCUCGAGAGUCAAACCUCAACGUAACAGCAGUGAGUGAGCAUCACUCAGUUUCUACUGAAAGCAGCAGAAUAAGACCUUUUAGCCUCUCUCAUUGUGUAGUUACAUUGAAGUCUGUUGCCAUUCGAGGAUUCCACAGUGUAAAAACUCCUUUUAACAGCAGCUGUCAGAGCCAUUUAAACUCUUCCAUGACUGGUCUGUAGACUCUGAACUUUGGAGGGCUGUUUUAUAAGUUAUUAAAAUACUAAUUAUCCGUAUGUGUUAGUGGAGAAACUGUAGUCGCUCUGUAUCUGUGAGUCAUUCUGUGAGGAGGUGUUUUAAAUCUGUAGCUAGUUGGGGAAUAACACUGAAUAAAUUUAACUAAUGCAUGCUUUCACACAUUUUCUGUAAAACUACCUACACUGUACAUUGUCUAA